CAACAUGUCUAAAAGCCAAAGAACCAAAGUUGAGUUGAAUUUAGAUAUAGUAAACUAAAGAAUCAAACAACUGUAACCCAACCCAACCCUUUUUAUGUACAUACAAGAACCAUGAAAGACAACAAAAAGAAGCGAUAGAAAUUAGAACAACCCAAGAACAAAUAUAUUCUCUCUGUCUACUCUCUCUCUACAAUCUUUCUUUCCGAUCAUGGGUCUUUGUGCAUCAGCUCCAAAAUCAAGAACAAACCCAGAAAGAAAUACCUUCAAAAACCCUCAAAAAUCCGGUCUUUAUAGCUCCAGUCGCCAGAAUUCACCCUCAAACAAUAACCCACAAAAGUUUUCCGGCCAAGUUUCACCGCAAUCCGGUGGCGGUGGCGGUGGCGGUGGUGGUGGUGCUACUCCUAGCUUUUGUGAAUUUUCUUUUGGUGAAUUAAAAAGUGCUACUAAUAAUUUUAGUUCUGAUUUAAUUGUGUCGGAAAGUGGUGAAAAGGCGCCAAAUGUUGUGUAUAAAGGACGGUUAAAGAAUCGCCGGUGGAUUGCUGUUAAGAAGUUUUCAAGAUUAGCAUGGCCUGAUGCUAAACAAUUUGUGGAAGAAGCAUUGGGUGUUGGAAAAUUGCGUCACAAGCGACUAGCGAAUUUGAUCGGGUAUUGUUGCGAUGGUGAAGAGAGGUUGCUUGUUGCUGAGUACAUGCCUAAUGACACCCUUGCCAAACAUCUGUUUCACUGGGAAAAUCAAACUAUCGAGUGGGCUAUGCGUAUACGGGUUGCUCAAUACAUAUCUGAGGCCUUAAACUAUUGUUGCUCCGAAGGUCGUGAAUUGUACCAUGACCUCAAUGCGUACAGGAUCCUUUUCGAUGAGGAGGGAGAUCCCCGACUCUCGUGUUUCGGAUUCAUGAGAAAUAGUAGGGACGGAAAAAGUUAUAGCACGAAUCUUGCAUAUACACCUCCAGAAUAUCUCAAACAUGGAAGAGUAACUGCGGAAAGUGUGGUUUAUAGCUUUGGGACGGUCCUUUUAGAUCUUCUAAGUGGAAAACACAUCCCUCCGAGUCAUGCGCUUGAUUUGAUCCGCGGCAAAAAUAUCAUUCUUUUAAUGGAGUCACAUUUAGAGGGAAACUUUUCGACAGAUGAAGCAACAAUACUCGUUGAUCUUGCCUCUAAAUGUUUGCAAUAUGAACCGAAAGAUAGACCUACAAUUAAAGACCUUGUUGAGACACUUGCUCCGCUUCAAACCAAAUGCGAUGUUCCAUCUUAUGUGAUGCUCGGGAUUUCAAAACAAGAGGAAGCUCCCUUACCUCCACAACGUCCACUUUCCCCGCUGGGAGAUGCUUGUUCUCGUAAAGAUCUUACGGCUAUUCAUGAAAUCUUGCUUAACACACACUAUCGUGAUGAUGAAGGAACCGGGACCAAUGAGUUGUCAUUCCAAGAAUGGACUCAACAGAUGAGAGAUAUGUUGGAGGCAAGGAAACGUGGUGACCAAGCGUUCCGUGAGAAAGAAUUCAAAGCUGCCAUCGACUUUUAUUCACAGUUCAUAGAUGUGGGAACGAUGAUAUCACCAACCGUUUUAGCGAGGCGGAGCCUGUGCCAUUUGAUGUGUGAUCAACCUGAUGCGGCCCUUCGAGAUGCCAUGCAAGCACAAAUUGUGCAUGCGGAUUGGCCGACCGCCUUCUACAUGCAAUCAGUGGCUCUCGGGAAGCUAGACAUGCAUCAGGAUGCUCUUGAUAUGUUAAACGAGGCUGCGGGGCUUGAAGAAAAACGACAAAAAAGCGAUCGAAGAGGCUCGUAAAAUCAUCGGUGGUACAUUUUCACAAAGAAACUGGUAAAUAAUUUGCUGUCAAAUAUGAUUGACAUCAAAUUUUUGAGUGAAUUUAUAUACAAAAAAGGUUGUUAUAUAUGAUAUAUGCAUAGGUUGUUGAGUAUAGUUUUUAAUUUUCUUGAAACAUUUUAUGUUUAUAUUAGCAUUAAAGUUCAUGUUGGAAACUUGGGAUGCAUA